UCACAAGGGGCGUGUCGGUGACAUCACGACCCCCCCCGCCGCCUGCACCCAGCGUUCUAAAUGUACGCCGGGUGCUGCACAGAGAUCACGUGGAUCCCAGCGGUAGGACCCCCGCGAUCAGACAUCUUAUCCCCUUUUCUUUUGGAUAGGGGAUAAGAGGUCUAGGGGCAGAGUACCCCUUUAAAUGAUCAUGCAGCAAUGCCUAGUGCUAAGCUUGCCAAUGUAUGGAUCCCCUGUCGGAGGGUUCAUUGGUUGCAUAUCUCUGAUCUGUAGGAUAGAUUCAAACAUAUGCUCCUGUACAAAGGAACGAUUGUGAUGCCCCGCACCCGGCCCUCAGUUCCGCCUCGUUGGCUCUCCUUGGGAUAGCACCUGCCUUGCGGUCCAGGUGAUGGAUAGAUGUUUGUCUUAUGCUCUGUGUUUCCUCAGUUUCAUAUUGGACUCAUAUCCACGUAUGUUUCCACCACACACCGUGUUCUUCAGAUGACUUGUCCCCCCGGUUUGACAAAACUGGAGGGUCACUAGGAGUGCCACCAUUUUAUAAGAAGGCCAUAGUCUAGGGAGCACAGUGUUUUAUGUCACCAUACACUAGAUUUUUAUUUUUCUAUUUAUUUUAUUCGUAUUUCCUUUGAAAUGAUCAAGCUACUUGUUUAUUAUAUAUCUCUAUACUAUUAUCGCAUGACUCAGUUCUCACAAACUCGGUCACUGGUGGAAAAUCAAUGACAGGGGAGGGAGGGCCAAUUUUAUUACUGGAAUAUUUUCGUGUUUUUUUUCUCUCCCCCUCCUUCUCUCCCCAAUCCAUCAGGAUAACAUCGGACAUCGCUUGCUGCAGAAGCAUGGGUGGAAACUCGGCCAAGGCCUUGGGAAAAGUCUGCAGGCAUAAUACCCCUGGACUUGUUGUGGUGAUGGUAAACUUAGCCGUGGCAGGACAGAUCCUAUCCCAAUCGUGGUUAAAUAUGAUGUUAUGGGAAUGGGACGUAUGGAAAUGGAGUUGGACUAUGCAGAAGAUGCCACAGAAAGAAGACGCGUCCUGGAGGUAGAAAAAGAAGACACUGAGGAGCUUAGGCAGAAGUAUAAGGAUUUUGUGGAUAAGGAGAAGGCCAUUGCAAAAGCCUUGGAAGAGUUACGGGCCAACUUCUACUGUGAGUUAUGUGACAAGCAGUAUCAGAAGCACCAGGAGUUUGACAACCACAUAAACUCUUAUGACCACGCACACAAGCAGAGAUUGAAGGACCUUAAACAGAGAGAGUAUGCCCGAAAUGUCUCCUCUCGUUCACGAAAAGAUGAGCGCAAGCAGGAAAAGGCUCUGCGACGUCUUCUUGAAUUGGCAGAGCAGAGAAAGCAGGCUGAAAGCAGUGCUCCUGGCAGUGGUCCCAUGUUCAAGACAACUACAGUUGCUGUGGAUGAGGAUUCUGUGGAAGAUGAUGAUGUGCCUCUUAGUACGUGCUCAACAAUGCAAGACAGCCCUAAACAUAUUCAGGAAGAGAAAGUGUCUCAAAUGAUUAUCUGUUCUCCUACUCAACCCACUUCCCCAGCCAUAACAUUUGGUUUUAAAAACACAUCUGGCCCAUCCUCUCUUCAGAAAGUAGGUUUCUCCUUCUCUUUUGCCAAGAAAACACCUUUGAAGUUAGAGUCCUCAGCAGCUGUCGUCUUCAAGGAUCAUGGUGAAGAGGUGGCAUCAAUGGAAGAGGAAAAGGAGGAAGAGAAGAUGCCCACUGAACUAAUAUGUUCUGUAAAGUCAAUAGAGGGGGAGAACCUCAAAGAGAGUGAAAAUAAAGUGGAGGAGGAGGAAGGCCAAGAGGAUAAUGGUGCUUCACUUGCAAGCACUUUAUCUAAAUUGAAGAAGAUGAAGCGUGAAGAACGGGGGACACAUGCUGGUGAACCAGAGUACUAUCACUACAUGCCUCCUGCUCAUUGCAAGGUGAAACCGAAUUUUCAGUUUUUGCUCUUCAUGAGAUCCACCGAGCAAACACAGGUGGAGAAUGUCCCCCAGAAGAAUGAAAAGAAACAAGCUGUUGUCACCAAGUCCAAGCCUGUCAAACAGACCGAAAACAAAAGUGAAAAGAGUGCUGGUGAAGGCAAGACGUCUUUGCCUCAACCAGUUGUAAGCAAUGCUUCUCUGGUUUUACCCAAAGUUGACAAGAAAGAUGAUGCAGUAGAUAAAGAAACAUGUAACACUACAAAUGAAGAACCCCCUAAAAGUUCCCCCACACCUGCAAAAGAACUGCAGGAAAGGCCCAAGCACCCAACUGGUCCUUUUUUUCCAGUCCUGAGCAAGGAUGAGAGCACAACACUUCAGUGGCCCUCUGAGCUUUUGAUAUUCACUCAAGCAGAACCUUCUAUCUCCUAUAGCUGUAAUCCAUUAUAUUUUGACUUUAAACUUUCCAGAAAUAAAGAUGGAAAGGCCAAAACUGUGGAGAAACCUAAAGAUAACCCAGGUACAAGCAAAGAUAGCACAGCUGAAGCUGAUUCAAGCAAAGACCCGAAUGUCACAUUUAAAAAGGAAUCCGUUCCAGUGGUACACACUUGUGGAGCACAAGCAAAAGUCUCCACUGCUCCUUCUGGUGAUGUCAAACCUGAACCCCUUGAAGAAGGUAACAAAGGAGAAGCUUUGCGGAAGUCUCACAAGCAGAAAAAGAAGAAAAAGCACAAGAAGAGCAGCAAGCGAAAACGGAAACACAAAGAUGGAGACGAGGGUAGUGAACAAAAAAUGAAGAAAAGGAAGAAGCAUAAGCACAAAAAGUCAAAAGGUGGUUCUUCCAGAACAGUAUUGAAAGUAGAAGAUACAGAGAAAAGUACAUCUCCUGCACUGGGAGGUCGCUCAAAAGACACCGCACCAGGAAAGCUGCUGACCAAAGAGGACAGCAUUGGAAAUUGUAGUAAUAAACCAGACCUUCAUACUUCCUCCAAAGAGCCAGAGAACAAAAAGACUAAAACAGAGCCCAAGCAAUCGCUUCCUCCUCCUGCACAAUCCUCUUUGUCCUCCUCUCACAGAAAUACACCCAUUAAGGCCAGUAAGCGCAGAAGCAGUGCAGAGUAUGAUAGUGAGGAUGAUACCAGUAGGAAAAAAUCCACGUCCAGGUACAGUGAUGAGUACGAGUCUGCAAGUGAGCGAUCCAGAAGUCGAUCAAGAUCUGGAAAACGAAGGCGGUCUUACUCUUCCAGUUCAGGAGGGUCUUCAGAUAGAAGCCAAUAUAGUCAUGAUCGAAGUUACUCUGAUAGUGACUACAGUGAUUAUAGCAGUGGAUCAAGGAGGCGAUCAAAGCGAAGGUCACCAGGAUCAGACUCAGACUCUGUUGCUUCUAAGAAACAUUCCACUAGACAUAAAUACUCCUCCUCUGAUUACAGUCGUAGUCGGUCAAGGAGCAGAAGUCGGUCAAGAAGAAGUAGGAGUCGGGGUAGAGGUAGAUCUAGCAGUAGUAGCCGGAGUCGGAGCAAAAGGAGGAGCCGCAGCUUAACUGGUCACAGCUGGAAGCGAAGCCGUAGUUACAGUAGGGAUCGGAGUGCUAGUGUUCGCAGUCAUUCUGGAAAAGGAUCUCAUGGAAGGGACAGUGUAGAUAGCCGUAGAAGUGCUAGACGGGACUUUAACCGAUCUAAGAUUUAUCGCUCACAGUCCCCACAUUAUUCUCGUUCUAGUAACCGAAGAGAAGGCAGUCGGGGGUCUGAAGCGAGAGGGGCAAGUGGCACUAACUUGCCUCGCAGUAGUACUGAGAAAGAUACAGGAAGAUGUUCUUUAACUGCAAAACAACUGCUAGAAAAGAUCCAGUCUCGACGUUUAGAAAAAGCAGCAAGCACAACAGAUGAUGGCAACUCCAAGUCAGGAUCAAAAGUUAAAGACCCACCUCAGGGAUACUUUGGCCCAAAGUUGCCACCUGCUCUUGGUACUAAAACUGCUCAGCUACCAUUAAUAGGGAAACUGCCAGCAGUGUCCAAAAGCAUAGCGCCUCAGAAAAGCGAGAAUGAGUCAGGAGAGACAUCAGUUACUGUAGAUGGGCAGCAGGAGAAAGAGAACACCUCAGCCAGGGCAGAUAAUGUCCCAGAGUCCGAACCUCCUGCAUCUGUUGCAGAGCCAGUCUCCCAAGAGGAAUCUGUCUGCUUUCAGCCACCUGCUGAAGGGAUUGAUGAGGGAACUGCACCUAACCCUUUGGGUAAUGGAAGUCUUCCAUUUCCACCGCUCCAUGGCAGAAUGGUGCCUCCACCUCCUGAUUCUGAUUUUUUUCAUGCUUCAACUUACCCUCCUGUCAACGUUGAUUCUAUUCGGCCAGAUGGGGAGGAUGAGGAAGAUGAAGAGGAUGAAGAGGAGGAGGAAGGUUCAUUAGCUCCCCUGGAAAGCCAGCCUAUCACUUUUACUCCUGAGGAAAUGGAGAAAUACAGCAAACUACAGCAGGCAGCUCAGCAGCACAUACAACAGCAGCUGUUGGCCAAACAAGUUAAGAACUUCCCUGCCGGAGCCGUCCCACAAGCUCUGCAGCCUGCUACACAGGCCCUCCAGCCUAUACAUAUUCAGCAGGCACCACCUCCAGUAUCUGCUGCCUCUAUAACCACUGUACAACAUGCCAUCCUCCAGCAUGCUGCAGCUGCCGCAGCUAUUGGCAUUCCACCUCACCACCCACAAACUUUGGCACAGGUUCACCACAUCCCUCAGCCACAUUUGGCUCCCAUUUCUCUUUCUCAUCUUACUCACUCUCUCAUCCCAGCCCAUCCUGCUGCUUUUUUAGCUAGCCAUCCAAUACACAUAAUCCCUGCUUCUGCCCUGCACCAUGCUGGGCCUCUGACCCUUCAUCAUGUCCCCCAUGCCCUAUACCCAACUCUGUUUGCUCCACGGCCUGCCUCAGCUGCAGCUGCCACAGCUUUACACCUUCAUCCUCUCCUUCAUCCUAUUUUCUCAGGCCAAGACCUGCAACACCCUCCUAGCCAUGGGACUUGAAUUUAUCUUCAUAUGCAUACCCAACCUGCCAGAUUAUGGUUCAAUAAAAGGGGAUUCAAGCCUAUCAAGACACAACUGUAAAUGGCAGUAAAGACAGGGGCUCCUCCAGUGGCCUUUUUCUAGAUGAAGACCUAAUCAAACACUACUGGAUACUUUCCAUAACUCUGCUCCAGUUGUUCUUUGCUUCAGUAGACCUUCUAUGUCUAUUAUAUCUAUUGUUUCGGAUGCCUGGACAUGAGUUAUAAACAAAAUGUUUAAAGUCAUAUGAAAGAAAACUAUACAUGAAGGUGAACAUUUCUUUUAUACCCUCCCCUACAUUCUCUAAAAUGAAAUCUGUAUAGAAUGCACCCCUUACCACAAGCAGAAAUAAAAGGCUUCGCCUUUGGGGAACACACAGAUGUCAACGCAAUGAAUGGUGACAUGGACACCUCUGUCCCACCAUGGAUGGACGUUUAUUAAGACAUCUGCACUCUGUAUCAUAAUUUUUUUUCUUGCUGUAGUUGUAUAAUAAUCUAAAGGGCGAAACUAUAGUUUUCAGCUAGUUUGCAACAAAACGUAUUUCUGCUGCUGUGGCAUGUAUAUUUUAUCAGACUCAUUUUUUGUUGAGGUUUAUGUAUGAUAUAAUGUACAAAAAAGUAAUAAAGAAAAAACCUUUCAGGAUUGCAGAAAACAUGUAAUAUUAUAAGGUGUAAUAAAAAGAACAAACAGUUUGUGUUA